CAAAUGUCAUCUGUGCCAGCUCACCUGUAGACGCGUUUUUGAGGCUUGUGUCAUCGAAAAUGAAGUUGUACUACGUGCGUUUGCUGUCGAAAUGAAAACCUGUGUCUGUGUGUUAUUAGUGUUAAGUGUGCGACAGACAGUGUCUAGUGAAAUGUCAUGCUCCAAAGAUUUCUGACGCGUCAGCUGUUCAUAACAUGGCUUGUGGAAGUUUGUCAACUGGGAACGAGGAAGCUUUACGGUUCUUGGAUAGUCUGCAAAAUGAUCUGAAGAACUUGUCAAUAGAGACGAGGAAAAAAUUUCCGCAGAUUAAGGAGUCAUGUGAAGAAGGCAUUGCAAAGCUCCGUAAUGCUGCAGCACAUCCUCAGACACCAGUUUACUAUGUCGUGAACCAAAUACUCUAUCCACUGGUUCAGGGAUGUGAGACCAAGGACCCAAAGAUUGUGAAGUUAUGCCUGGGAAUAAUGCAGCGGCUGAUGACUCAGCAGGCUGUUGAUCAGAAAGGAGCAAGAUACAUAACUGAUACUCUUUGGAUGCUAAUGGAAUCUGGGACUGAGGAGGUUAAGGUCUUGCAGAGUGUCACUUUGCUGUUGACUACAAAUACUGUUGUACAUGGUGACACGCUUGCAAGGAAUUUGGUUCUUUGUUUUCGUUUACAUUUUACCAAAGAUUCAACAACUAUUAAUACUGCUGGAGCAACUGUUAGACAAUUAGUUUCAUUAGUAUUUGAAAGAGUUGUUGCCGAAGAUGAAGCAUACUAUGAUCGUGACACAGGAGUGCAGAAAGAUAUUAAUCUGGAGGAGCUGAAAGUUCCUAGUAAUGUUGCACCUAAAGGUUUAAGACUAUGUGCUGCUGAUGCAUAUCUAAUGUUUCAGGACCUUGUGCAGCUUGUAAAUGCUGAUCAACCAUAUUGGUUGAUUGGAAUGACUGAGAUGACACGCACAUUUGGCUUGGAACUGCUGGAGUCAGUCCUGACAAAUUUUUCAUCUGUAUUUUACCAGCAUCCAGAAUUCAGUUUCUUGUUAAAGGAAAGAGUGUGUGCAUUGGUUAUAAAAUUGUUUUCCCCAAAUAUAAAGUAUCGAAGUUCUGUACCACAGAGUAUACAACAAGCAACUCCAUUGGACAAGCCGUAUUUUCCAAUAAGCAUGAGACUGCUAAGGGUAGUUUCUAUUCUAAUUCAAAAAUAUCACAGCUUGCUGGUUACAGAAUGUGAAAUAUUCCUAUCACUGAUUGUAAAAUUUCUGGAUCCGGAUAAACCAGCCUGGCAGCGUUCUCUCGCAUUGGAAGUCUUGCAUAAAAUGACUGUUCAGCCAGAAUUACUGAAGUCAUUCUGUGAAUGUUACGACCUUAAAGCACACGCUACAAAUAUUUUUCAAGACAUUGUUAAUUCACUUGGUGCUUAUGUCCAGUCACUCUUUGUAAAUCCACAGUUAAUGGGCCAAGCAUCUGUGUCAGCCGGAUUCUUCUCUAGAGGAGUAUGGCUCCCUGUCGUAGCUACCUUCUCAAGUGGGCAGGCAAGAGCAACAUACCUUGAAAUGCUGGAUAAAAUAGAACCACCAGUGAUUCCAGAUGGGUAUGGCAUAUCUGUGGCUAUUGCUUGCCUCUUGGAUAUAAUCCGUUCUGUUGCAAUCAUAAUAGAAGGUACACCACCUGCAGUCGAAGAACAGCCUGCACCAGGAAAGUACAGUGGGUCAGAAGAGGAAAAAGUUCUUCAUUGCCAGCUUAUAAAUUCUAGUUGGUGUGGUCUGCUAGCGGCACUCAGUCCCCUGAUAGAUGCUAGUACUGAUGAAUCUGCUUCCGAAAAUGUCUUAAAAGCGAUACAGACAUUUGCCAGUCUGUGUGGAAUGCUGGAUUUACAGAUACCGAGAGAUGCUUUCAUUACUGCAAUCUGCAAAGCUUCAUUGCCACCGCAUUAUGCACUGACAAUUCUAAAUUCUGCACCACAAGGAGCUGGAUCUGGAAGGGGUCAUUCCCGCACUAGCAGCCAGGAUAUGAAUUCCCAGUACAAUGUCAGUGCUUACAAUGAAACUGACUUCAGACAGCAAGUGGUAGCAGUGGGAACUCCAUUGCCUACAGCAUCUUUACCCAUUGGUGCCCAGCAGGGUCCAGUCAUGUUGACAGCAAAGAAUCUACAGUGCAUGAGAGCUUUACUGAGUGUAGCUCACUGUCAUGGAAGUAUAUUAGGCACUUCAUGGCACCUGGUGCUGACAACAUUGCAGCAUCUGGUAUGGAUUUUGGGCCUGAAGCCUUCUACAGGUGGUAGUUUGAAAGCUGGCCGAACAACGGCUGAUUCCAAUGCUGUAAUAACAACAGCGGUAAUGGCUGAUUUACCAGUCCUUUCAGCUAUGCUGAGCCGAUUGUUUGAAUCCAGUCAGUAUUUGGAUGAUGUUGCUUUGCAUCACCUUAUUGAUGCACUUUGUAAGCUUUCUCAUGAGGCAAUGGAGCUAGCGUAUUCCAAUCGUGAACCAUCUUUGUUUGCCGUUGCCAAACUUCUGGAAACAGGACUUGUUAAUUUACCUAGAGUGGAAGUCUUGUGGAGACCUCUAACCAAUCAUCUUUUGGAAGUCUGUCAGCAUCCUCAUAUUCGGAUGAGGGAGUGGGGAGUUGAAGCUAUUACAUACCUUGUUAAAGCUGCAAUGCAACAUAAAUACCAACCUCCACUAAGAGAGAACCAGAAGCUUCAGACACUCCUCCUUGGACCUCUGUCUGAGCUUUCUUCUGUACCACAUGGCGAUGUUCGGCAGAGGCAAUUGGAAUGUGUUCUACAUGUCUUACAUGGGGCUGGAGAAACAUUGUCUCAUGGGUGGCCAUUGGUACUCGGGAUAAUUGGAGCUGUCUCUGAUCAUCAUGGGGAAAACCUUAUAAGAAUAGCUUUCCAGUGUCUCCAGUUAGUUGUAACCGAUUUCUUGCCGGUGAUGCCAUGGAGGUGCUUGCCGCUUUGUGUUGAUACAGCUGCAAAAUUUGGUUCUCAGACUCAAGAACUUAAUAUUUCUUUAACUGCAGUUGGCCUCAUGUGGAAUAUUUCUGACUACUUUUUCCAGAACCAAGAUAAAUUGUGCCAAUCUUUGACGGGUGAUAAUACCGUAUUUCCAAAUUUUCCUGGAAUAUCAGAUCUACCACACUUCGAUAAAUUGUGGAUGUGCCUUUACUCCAGGCUCGGUGAUCUGUGUGUUGAUUCAAGACCAGCUGUACGCAAGUCAGCUGGACAGACAUUAUUUUCUACAAUAUCAGCUCAUGGUGGUUUGCUGAGUCAGAUUACGUGGCAGUCAAUUGUGUGGCAGGUUUUGUUCCCACUGCUGGACAAUGUCAGGCGACUUUCAAGUUCAGCAAGCAGUGAGAAAGUGGAUACAGGAGGAAAUAUUUUAAUCCAUCAUUCUAGAAACACUGCCCAGAAACAGUGGGCAGAAACACAGGUGCUUACAUUAUCAGGAGUAGCAAGGGUUUUCAACACAAAGAGGCAGAUUUUACGUGCUGUUCCUGGUGAUUUUCCUCGUGCCUGGUCACUUCUCCUUGAAUUUAUUGAAAACUCUGCAUUGAGUAAAAAUGAUGAGGUUUCCUUAGCUGCCCUGAAAGCCUUCCAGGAUAUAUUGUAUUGGAACCAAGACAGUGAAGGAAAGUUAGUGACAGUAAAUCAAGCAACUGUAACCAACGAAGAGCCAGAUAUAUGGGAUGUUGCAUGGAAAGUGUGGUGUAAUAUAGGUGCUGAGAGUACGAAAUUAUGUUUUGAUGUGAAAGAGUUCUAUGUUCCUUCACAGCCAUUUCUAACAGCACUGAUACAGAUAUUUCCUGCUGUUUUCCAACACACUAGAGAGAGGUUUUCAACAACAGAUCUUCUGAAACUUUGUGAGAUUCUGCAGAAUGCAGUGGCUAUUCCUGUUUUGGGUGACAUAUCUCCAUUUGUUCUCCCUAUUGUUAGUGAUGCUGGGCUCACACAACUUCAAGAAGGUGUUCUUCACUGUAUUGAGCUGCUGAAAAAGGAAGCAUUGACUGGCCAAAAAAAUAUGAAGAAAAUGAUUGCACCAAUAUUUGACCAGCUUCUAGCUUUUAGCAAAUAUGCUUGCCAACCUCCCGUUUUUGGGAAGGCAGACACAAAGAAUGGAACACAAGUAAAAGGGGCUGCAAUGGGAGAGUGGAUGGCUGUGAAUUACAUUCCAUUUGGUGAAAAGGCUUUGACUAUGGCCAUAGAGUUGUACAGAAUCACUGCUAGUGAUAUGUCUGUGAUAAAUGCCUGUGUCCUGCACAAAAUUAUUUGUGCGUUACAUGUUCCAUUGUCAAUGAAGUAUAGCUGUCCAUCUCCUACAACAUGGAAGUUAGCGGUCACAGGUUUGUUAACUGUGCUUCAAAUUGGUCUUCCACUGGCAAGAAAGCAUCGUCAAGAAUUUCAGCAGAUGUGGCCACAGCUUGCUGAAACCUUGGAUAAAUUUUUGUUUCCAACAAGCCACCUUGCGAGACGGUGCGUUGGCUUCCACUGUUGUCAACACGUCACUACACGCGAUUUGGAACGCCGCAGAUCCAUUGGCAGUAGAGAAUCGGUUCUAAGCCGUUCUGCAACAGUGUCGGUCCCUCGGCACGUAGUCACUACUGUUACGGGACUCGCUGCUGGAGGGGCGCGCUGGACUGCACCAACGUGUGAUCGAUGCCCUGAAGAGCUCCAGGCAGAUGAAGCAGUGGAUUGCAAAGUAAUAGAAUUACUGCGUGAUGAAGUAUUACCUCAUGUUCAUUCUAUUCAGAAAGAGUUUAUUCUUAAAGUGGUCGUCCUGCUAAACAAAGGCUCAAUUCAUUCUGCAAGUAGUCCCAGCUCUGAUUAUGUGGCUGAACCAAAACUAAGAGAAGAAUUUGCAAAAACUUGUUUUGAGACUUUGCUGCAGUUUUCAUUACAAGACGGUGCUGAUGAAUGUGCUGAGGAAAUAACAGAAGGUGGUGUGGCAGGAAGAUUAGCUGUCACUGCUCUUCUGACAAGGUUCCAAGAAGUACUACACCAGUAUGUUGAAGAUGAAAGGAAGAACGGAAAUUGCCCAUUGCCAAGGUAUAGGUUGUCAGAGAUAUCUUUUGUACUGAAAGCUGUUGGAACUUUGGUAUUAUCACUGAAGAAAGCUCCACCAGGAAAAGUGAAUGAAUCAUCAUGGGAACAACUGAUUGCAUUGUACCCCUAUUUAGUGGACUGCACAACUACAAAAUCAACACAAGUUUCCAGUUCGCUUCGUGAAGCGUUACUGCAGUACGCGGACCUUUUGCAUUCGCCUACAAGAUAUCAUAAUGGUGUAUGAUAGUGUUAUAUUUGUGCUGUUUGUGUGAACUGACACUGAGAUUGUAGCGUUGAUGCCUGCAGCCUAUUUAAGUACAAAGUUAAUUGAGAGACAAUGAACAUACACAUGCGUGCAGCAGCAGCAAGAGCUAUGGACACUGGAAGUGCACAGAGAUUCAGUGGUGCUGCCCCUCUGUCACACACCAAAAAUGGCAGGAUAAAGACUGUAAUCUCAUCUUCUUCCUUCCAUUGAAAAACUAAUGUGAAUGACAGAGGUGUGGAUGUGAGAUUCAUAUUUUAAAAUGAUGUUAGAGUUCCUGGAUGGUUUUGGGAGAACUUCAACAUUUUAUUUCUCAGGUCCUCACCACUGCUGUUCUACACCCAUAUGUAGUGCUGCGUACUCAUUUCAGUGAGACACUAAAGGGAAAUAUUUCCUUGUCCAUCCUCCCUUUGCCUACUGUUGCAAAAACUGAUGCUAUCAAAGCUGUCACUGUAAUUGCUACAUUGCGAUAUGUACUUUGUCCAACCUAUGUACAGUCAAACACUUUCUCUUUGUGACUUGACUCCGUACUCCUCACUAGGCAGGAGACUGGGCACGGAUAUGCCAUUUUCAGUAUUUUUGCAUUUAAUUUCGGAUUUUUCUGAAAAAUGAUGAUAAUCACAUGAUUUCAGCUUGAUAUAUGAGAAAUUUUAAGUUUUGGUUAUUUCCACAUCUUGUUCUUGGUAACAUUCAGUGAAGAAGAUGGAGCUCACUCCCAAAAUAUUUCUCUUCCUGCAGCACUUCUAUAAAACUGGCCAAGAAAGUGUGUGUGGACUGCAAACUUUAAGCUACUUCGAAAUUGACAUCUCCACAGAUGAAGCUCAGUACUGGGCUGCUGGUAGCUAGUUCAUUAAUGCCAUUGUGUGUAUCUUUGGAGUUCUGAUUGCUUCAUUUAUUUUAUUACACAUAGCAAAUUACUGAUGACGGAUUUUGAUCAUGAGAUUUGUGUUAUAUGAAUGUUUUUCUUACUUUGGAUGCUAUCCAAAUGGUGCUAUUUCCUUGAAUAUUUAGUGACUGUAGUUCUCAUGUUCUCAACAUUGACUGAAGCUCCUUUUAAUAGAACAUACUAUGCUGCCCUGCUGUAUAUCAUUGUUGGAAUAUGAUUAGAACUUUGACACAUUUUUGUCAUCAUGUGUGUUUUAUUACAGCUGACAAACAAUUGUAGCUUUCUUUUCAAGUAACUUAUUACUUACCAAAAGUUAUUACCUUGAGAGGCAGCUUAAAAUGUUACCGUUAUGCGUAAGUUGCACACAUCCCUGCGUGCCACCAGAGGUAUUGUUGCCAUAUCAGUAUUCAGUUGAAGCUAUGAAAUGUAAGUUGAAUCUGUAUAACAUUUCUGUUACCUUGGACCAUUAAUAACAUUCUUUUUUGUUCAUUA